UUCAUGACGGGUGCUGGGGGCGUGGCCAGCAGUGAUCCCUCCGGCGUCUGCGCGAAAAUGGAGGAGGAGGAGAGCAUCCGCGUGGUUCAUUGUGGCGGCAGCGAGUUGAACUUUAGGAGAGCAGUGUUUUCUGCAGAUUCUAAGUACAUCUUCUGUGUCUCUGGGGACUUUGUGAAAGUUUACAGCACAACUACUGAAGAGUGUGUGCACAUUCUGCAGGGACACACCGACCUGGUGACCGGAAUCCAGCUCAACCCUAGCAACCAUCUGCAGCUGUAUUCUUGUUCCUUUGAUGGUACAGUUAAAUUGUGGGACUAUCUAGAUGGCAUUUUGAUUAAGACUUUCCUUGUUGGGCCUAAACUUUAUGCCCUCUUUACUCACCACAGUGCUGAAGAUUCUGUCUUUGUUACAAUAAACAAAGAAGAACCAGAUGUAUUUCAGCUGGUUUCGGUGAAAUUGCCGAAAUCCCCGAGCCAGGAAAUAGAGGCCAAGGAGCUGUCUUCCAUUUUGGAUUACAUAAACCAGUCACCCAAGUGCAUUGCCUUUGGACGUAAGGGAGAAUAUGUUGCUGUAGUACGAGACUUUUACUUGUCUGUUUAUUUUUUCAAAAAGAAAACAACUUCCAGGUUUACAUUAUCAUCAUCAAAAAAUAAGAAGCAUGCCAGGAACGGUUUUACGUGUGUGGCUUGCCACCCAGAGGAAGACUGCAUCGCCUCCGGUCACAUGGAUGGCAAAAUUCGCCUUUGGAGGAAUUUUGAUGAUGACAAGAAAUACACUUACACAUGCUUGCACUGGCACCAUGAUAUGGUUAUGGAUUUGGCUUUUUCAGUGACAGGCUCCAGCCUGCUGAGCGGCGGGCGGGAGUGUGUGCUUGUGGAGUGGCGCGAGGCGGGCGAGAAGAACAAGGAGUUCCUCCCGCGGCUGGGAGCCACCAUCGAGCACAUCUCCGUGUCCCCUGCCGGAGACUUGCUCUGUACUUCUCACUCGGAUAACAAGAUAAUGGUUAUUCACCGAAACCUUGAGACAUCAGCAGUAAUUCAAGGCCUGGUAAAAGAUAGAAGUAUCUUGACUGGCUUGACGAUUGAUCCAAAAACUAAAGCUUUAGUUUUAAAUGGAAAACCUGGUCACCUGCAGUUUUAUUCUCUCCAGAGUGAUAAGCAGUUAUACAAUUUAGAUAUCGUGCAACAAGAAUAUAUCAACGAUUCCGGUUUAUUUCAAAUUGAGCUAACAAAGGCUGCAUUUGGCUGUUUUGGUAACUGGCUGGCCACAGUGGAGCAGCGGCAAGAAAAGGAAUCGGAGCUUGAAAUGCAAAUGAAACUGUGGAAAUACAAUAAGAAAACACAAGGGUUUGUCCUUAACACAAAGAUUAAUAUGCCACAUGACGACCACAUCACAGCUCUCUGUUUCUGUAAUGCAGAAAGAUGUGAAACUCUCACCUUGGUGACAGCCAGCAAAGAUGGUCACUUCAAAGUGUGGAUAUUAACAGAUGAUUCCGAUAUCUAUAAAAAAGCGGUUGGCUGGACCUGUGACUUUGUCGGUAGCUAUCAUAAGUAUCAGGCAACCGACUGCUGCUUCUCUGAAGAUGGCUCUUUACUAGCAGUUAGUUUUGAAGAAAUAGUUACUAUAUGGGAUUCAGAAACGUGGGAACUUAAAUGUACGUUUUGCCAGCGAGCUGGGGAAAUAAGGCGCCUUUGCUUCGGGAGAUUAACAUGCUCCAAGUAUCUUCUGGGUGCUACUGAAAACGGCAUUCUCUGCUGCUGGAAUCUCCUCAGUUGUGCAUUGGAGUGGAGCGCAAAGCUAAGCGUCCGAGUUAUGGAACCUGACCCACAGUCUGAGAACAUUGCCGCGGUGUCUUGGUCUUCAGAGGGUUCAGACUUGUUUGUAUUUAAACCUAGUGAGCCAAGGCCACUGUAUAUUCAGAAGAAUGUCUGCAGAGAAGAAGUCCAAUGGGGCGUGUUUGUUCCCCGAGACGUCCCUGAAUCAUUCACCUCAGAAGCUUACCAGUGGCUAAACAGAUCCCAGUUUUAUUUCCUAACUAAAUCGCAGAGCUUACUGACCUUCAGUACAAAGUCUCCAGAAGAGAAGCUCACACCAACAAGCAAACAGCUGCUAGCAGAAGAAAGUCUUCCAACAACCCCAUUUUAUUUCAUACUGGGAAAGCACAGGCAACAAGAGGAUCAAAAACUCAGUGAAACGUCAGAGAGUGAGCUGGUGCAGCUCCCUGUAACAGAGAACAUCCCUGCCAUCGCUGAGCUGCUGCACACUCCAGCCCACGUGCUGCCCUCCGCUGCUUUCCUGUGCUCCAUGUUUGUGAAUUCACUGUUGCUGUCUAACGAGACCAAAAGUGCUGAGGAAACCCCUGAUGAUGUCGAUAUGGAAGAAGAAAAAGAAAGUGAGGAUUCAGACGAAGAAAGUAAUUUUACCGAACACGUCCAGAUUACAAGUAACACAGAUUUUCGAGAAGACAUUAUACAUCAGCUGUCGAAAUCGGAAGAAAAAGAGCUGAGGAGAUUCAGGAAAGUGGACUACAGCUGGAUCGCCGCCCUGUAGGCCUUGGAGGGAGGGUGGGCCGGGCGUCCUGCACUUCCUGUUUUUGAUUGUUUGUUGAUACCCAAAAAUAUAUUUUUAAUGUUGUUUGUGUUCUUAAAAUAUUAAAUGUUGACAGCUAGUAUUACA